AGUACCUCAACCCCCAAGGCACUGCCAGUGUAUAGUUGAGAUUCUGAAUUGACUCCGGCACAUCCUGACUAUGUUCUAUGUGAAAUAUCCUUCUACAGUAUUAUGCCAACCUUCGGCAUAGCCUGUCAGGCACAAUUGAUAUUGCAUGUCCAACUGUCAUGGCGGAAGCCGCUCUUGAUAUUACUAGGUUCUCUUAGUUCUCCAUGACGAUUACUGAUGCCCCUGCUCUUAUGUGAUUUUCAUCCUCACCCUGAUCGCUGUCUAGUAUUUUUGCACCAUUGUCAUUAUCACUUCCACUGAGAGCCAUGGAACACGAGGUUCGUGCCUUAAAUGGUCUUACUCCCAAUAGCACAGGUUGGGCCGCAAUGGCGAAGACUAUGCGGGAGGUCGAUGAAGCUAAGGUUAAAGACUACAAGGAAGAUAUUGACACUUUGCUGGUUUUGGCCGGUUUGUUCUCCGCGGUGAUGACUACAUUCCUCAUCGAAUCAUACGAGAAUCUGCAGGAAGAUCCUGCGGAUAUCUCUGUCCAACUUCUGAGGCAGAUUUCUUCCCAACUUGACGCUAUGAACGCCAACGGAAAUCACCUCAAUAAUACUACUGUCCUUCCCCAAGAAUUGCCUGAGUUUGAACCACCAAUCUGGGCUCUACGUGUCAAUGUUUUAUGGUUCGCCAGCUUGAUUUUGUCUCUUAUCACCGCCUCUUUCGGUAUGCUCGUCAAAGGAUCUCUUCGCGAAUUCCUGGCGGGGGAACAAACAUCUGCGCACACCCGUCUCCGAGUUCGAUUCUUCCGCUACUUUGGCUUGCAAAGGUGGAAGGUGUUCGAGAUUGCUGCAGCACUCCCUCUCCUACUUCAGAUUGCACUUGGCCUAUUCCUGUUAGGUCUAUGCUUCUUCACUUCGUCGGUACAUUCUAGCGUUGCGCAUGCCAGCGUCCCUCUUGUUUCAGCGUGGGCAUUUCUCUUCCUUAUCGCCAUCUUUUCCCCUGCGAUAGCCAGCCAUUGCCCUUACAAGACCAUGUUGUUCAAAAAUAUCCUGAAGCGGGCUCGGCUAUACUUCUUCAGUCCCAGACACACUUCGGCCCUGAAAGAAUGGAGGAAACUCCAUCAGAGAGAUAUUAUGCGCGAAGAGUACAAUAAGAGUACCUGUCUGUUGCCAUUUCUUGAAGAAGAAGAUAUUGCAAUCACACCGCAAUGGGACAAUCACAUCAUAAUCGAGGUCGACGCAAUCUUGGCCGAUGAGGAUCUCGUGUCGUCAGUAACGCUGGAAUCUUUUCGACAAUCUCAGCCUACAUGCGAGACCACAGUAGACUUUAUUCUGCGAUUCCUCCAAUCGCGACAAUGGGUACCCGGCGAGGACUUGAUCGCCGCCUACGUCUUCAUGUUCCCCAUAACCGCUCCUGAACCGGAAUGGAACGAGGUUGUGCAUUUCCUGGAGGAGAAAUGUAAAGGGCACUUCUUCAAUAGCUUGGAUCGCUCAUCCAUCAUGAAGAUGAUCAUGAUUCUGGGUUCUCACCGAACCGUCCUCACAGCCAAUGGAAGACAUGCAUUGUCUCUUUGUUUGCAGCAGGUCAUGUCAACCCGCCAAGGCUUUGACGAAUGUAUGGAAUGGCUCAAAGGCCCAUACGGAGACAUUUUCGCCGAUAUCAUUGUUCCUCCCUCAUGCACUGCAUGGCAUUCACUUGAUGGACCGGAGCUCCUGCGUCGGUUGGAAAGAUUGUUACGAUGUUUGUACUUUCUUCCAGACAACUAUUCUCUCCUUUCCAUCAUGCGCGAGAAGGGCGAACGCAGAGUUGACCAGCCCACCUGCAACGCCAUCUCUGAGUCGCUCUACGAACGGGUUGAUACGGCCCUCCGAGGGCGUUCGUAUGACGAAUGCCUCUUGACGGCCAUAUUUGUGAUCAUCGAAUGUAAUUCACCGUCGGCAACCGAUAUCUUGAACAAGAUGGCGCAAGAGAAAUGGGUCCUCCAUGUACCAGUGGCUCAACAUUUGUUACGAGUCAACCUGGGAAGCAUUUGGGAGGACAGAAGCAAGGAUGCGGGCUUGUUUGGACAAACAUAUCUUCAAGAGAAUUCCACAGAUGAAGAUCGCAUGUUUAUACGUCAACACAUUGUGACUUUCUUGCAAGAGUUUUCGCUUUGGGCUACUCCUUGGCAUACGAUGGACAACGUUCUCGACAUCUGCUUAUGGGUACUGAAUACGCUGCUCGAUGAGCGCCAAGUGCGGGAGUUAUCUUCGCCGUCAAUCCUUUUCCUGCGUUUAUUUCCGUCGUUUUGGGAAGAGCUAUGGUCCAAUAUAGCUAAUAUCCUUGAGAGAUUUGUAGACGAAUCACCUGCCCAAUAUGAAGCUCAACAUAGGCUUAUUGCAAAGGGUACACAGGCUUCCAUGAUCGGGGACCUGUUUGGAACUGGUUCACUUGCGGUAAACUGCCUGGCCGUCAUGAUGAAGGCCGAUCAACGUAUGGACAACUUCAAAUCCCAGGGCUUUGACCAUGUGGCCCAGUGUCUACAGUGGCUUCAGGAGGUAUUUCCCCGUAGAUUACUUGGCAUUCUUAUCAAUAUUGUCGACAAGUACAAAGAUCGACAGGAUUGUCUCCAAGCUCUCGCUGAACAUCCACACGUUUCUGAACUGAUACGGAAGCACAAAGAGCUUGGAUUGUAGGUUACAGCUGCGUAGAACACUGUACGUCGCUUUUUGUGACUUUGGCUGCCACUAUACAGCAUAUGUAAGAACACUUGUGUAACUGUAUGUACUAAUACUUGCUUCUACCUAGCUCGAGAAGACUUCGAGCCCUUGCCCCUUUUGGCUGUCUUCUUUGGCGCAGCGGCUUUCUUUACUGGCUUUUUCUUGUUCAAAGGCCAUAUCUUCUCCACUGCGCUGCGUUCGCCGUAAGGUCCUACCGCGACGAUAAGGCAAACACAUCCGUAUGCAAACUCAAUCGAGGGCUCGUUUCCGUACGCCGGAUACUCUCUCUGCACGUUUCCGAACUCCGUCAUUGGCGUAGCCCAAUGAAUGUAGAGAUCUGGCAAAGUAUAGUACUGGGUAUGGUCGUCGGUCUUGGUCUUUACUCGUAGCCCGCCGUAAUAUUCACAGAGGUGUUGUACGAGGGAGUCGUCAUCAACACUGUUGCCUCGAGCGAGUGCAGGAACGUAGUGGCAAAGAACGUCCAGAUC